UUUUAUUGUUAAUUUCAAGAAUAAAAUUCAUAAUGAACUUCAACAAACAAAGAAAUAUAUCAAAUAGACCAUUGGAUUACUUGAAAGAGAGAAAAAUACCUUCAUAUAUCCCUAGCAAGGCUAGUUUUGGGACUUCUCAGAUAGGAUGGGAGUCCACACGCUUGGGUGAAAAAUCCGUCAUAAAAGGGAGCCAUAAAGCAACAAUACUUCACCUAGAUGCUUGGAAAUAAAAAUCAUUUCACUGAUUUUUCAGGAAAAUUCUCAAAGAGUCUAGACAAAGAGUUGAAUAUGGAGAGAGGAUUCCCAUUCAAUAAGCUUGACCAAAGAAGACAGAAGAAACUGAUAAAGAAUGUUGAUAGAAUUCAGACCAGAAUAAAGUCAAGAAUGUCAUCUAUCAGAGCUAUAACACCUAGAAGGAGCGAAGCUUCUUCUAAGUCAAAGAGAGCUAGGAGUCAGACAAAGUUUGAUCAUGCUCAGAAAAAUCCUCAGAACCAGCAAAGGUUUACCAAGAGGAUGAGGAAAACUACUCAAGAUCUAUAUAACAAAAUUUAUGAAGAUAAGUUAAAAUCACACUUUGUGACCCCGUACCCAAAGUUUCCUUAUAAUUUGGACAAGGACACUAUUAAUCUCAGCGAUGCUCAACCAAAAAAUAUGACCCGUGGAACGACAAGGAGGAAGAAGUCCCAAGAGAGGAAGAACCCUCUGAUGGGCUCUAGCACCAAAAGCAGGAUCCAGUACUACAAGACAGAUAAGACAGAGAGGUUCGCUGAAAUACAGAAGGAAAUCAUAGCAAGAACAUUAGAUAACCGGAAGAAGAACAAAGGAUUCAGUCUGUUUAAUGACUACUCUAAAAGCUUCUCAAAGAGAGCUCUGAAAGCAAAUUCAAAUGAGGAGAAGGGAGAGUCUGGAUUUGGCUCUAGGCUUAGCAGUGGACAAAAGAAGAGAACUAGCUGAAAGAGAUCAACGAGUAGGACUAGCAAUGCUGAGAAAUAUGAUAAACAGAUGGAAAGAGUGUAUCGAAAUGAAGAAAGAAUUUAGUAUUCAA